UGACCUUCCAGGUGUGGAGCCAUCGUCAUACCUGCCAGUGGAGACGCAAAGACAGUCAACUGUGCUGAGACCCAGUCUUAUAACCAGUGACAUGCGCACACAGGCACAGUCAGCAGCCGUGACUACAGCCUUCCACAUCCAAGCCGAGGAUCAUUCACCACCAACAGCGAGCCAGCGGGAGUGUGCGGGAGUGUGCGGGAGUGUGCGGCGGCAGAGGGAUGCAAAUCACGGAUCGAUUGAAGAACGGAGAUAGUCGGACAGACAGAGGAUGCCAAAGCUCACUGACGCGCCGUGUGCGUCUGCUCACGACUGUAAACAAUUAGCCUGUUUUUCCUACGCUGCGCUCCAGUUUACGUGAGUAGGCUACUCAACCCCCCGAGGAGAAGGGUCCAGCUGCCAGCAUGCCCCCUGUCCAGAGCCUGCAGUCCAGCGGGCUCUCGCUCUCCGAGACAAGCAUGGGUUCAUUCAAAAGGAGGAAGAGGAAAUCCAUUAUUGUGACAGUGAUGCUGCUCAUUGUAUCUGUGCUCAUACUUGUGUUUGGAUUGGCUGCCACCACUCGCACACAGAACAUCACAGUGGGCGGCUACUACCCCGGAGUCAUACUUGGUUUUGGCUCAUUUCUGGGGAUUAUUGGUGCUCAUUUGAUAGAAAACAAGAGGCAAAUGCUUGUGGCAUCUAUUGUCUUUAUCAGUUUCGGUGUGGUCGCUGCCUUCUGCUGUGCUAUUGUAGACGGUGUUUUUGCUGCAAGACAUAUUGACCUCAGGCCUCUAUAUGCUGGUCGUUGUGCAUAUCACUUCAGUGAGACUGCAUCUGACAGAGAGGUCUCCUGUCAGACAUCAUCACGAACAACCUGUAACCUCAGAGUCAAGAGCAACACUUGCUACUGCUGUGAACUGUACCACUGUGGCAAAGAGCACCCUCUUAUGGGACUUCAGAAUAAAGAUGUUUUGAAAAAAUUUAGGAAAUCCUCCAUGAUUUGGAACCGUGUGGAGGUUCAUGGAGGCUACCAUGAAUACACAGAUGUGAAGGGCUGCCAAGAUGUGGUCCAUCUGUACCACUUGCUUUGGUCAGCCACUAUCCUGAACAUUGUGGCUCUUUUCCUGGGCAUCAUAACUGCUGCUGUGCUGGGAGGUUUCAAAGACAUGACACCCUCCAUGUCUGUAGAGAGUACUUCUGAACCAGAAGCUAUCACAGCGUCAAUCCCAGCAGAGCCUCCCGCUCCAUCCAACUCACUUAAUUCCUAUCGCAACACUGCCCCCUGCCUACCACCAUACACAGCUUAUGACAUGCAGGGGACUUAUGUGUUCCCUGACUCUUCGGGCUUAUCGGAUGAUUCUCAAUCUGGAGCCAGUCAUCUAUGGCCCACUAUGAUCCCUCCUCGUUACUCACCUCCUCACAACCACCCAGAUGAGAAACCCCCACCAUACAGCCCCUAAAACGGCAAAGACUCUCUAUGGCCACUGGAAGAAAAGCACCAUGCAUUUAGGCAUUUCCCCAAACCUGUAAAGAGAGUCUCAUGUGGUGAACUGUUUGACCAGCUCAAGAAAUCAAGAGUAUGAAUAUUGGGACACUGGUUAUAGGAGCCCAGAACAUAAACAGCAUAUUAAUGAACAUACUACUGUUCCUGUAAGCAAAGACAGUUUACAGAUGUCAACUAUGCCUUAAUGAAAUGUCACAGUCAUUCAAGCCUGAUGCCGUCACAUUCUGUAAAUGCUUUCACACUAUCACGGAGUGUGUAAUCAUUCAACUUUUCACUCACUUAGAUCAGAGGGGAUUCUACAGUUAACAUGACUGUACAGUUGUGGACCUGUUGCUUAGUUAAAUUUUCACUCACAAUCAGCACAGAUUUGAAGUUAUUUUUAUUUUGUAUAGGAUUUAUCUGAAUAUUCUCAUUUGUCCAGGUUAGAUCACAAUCUGUCAUUUUUGUAACCACAAUGCAAUACACCCAUAGUGCUAAAAAGUAAAGCAGAGGAACAACUGAUAAGCUGUUGGGUCACUACUCAUAAAAACAUUUUUCGCUCUGUAGUGUCAGAAUAGUUUUGAAGGAGCGCUAAAUUUUGUGUACCUUAGCAUCUUAUUUUUUCCAUUGGUUUAACUUUACACCAACUGAAAAUUCUGAAGAUUCAGGACGGCACAAUCCCGAGCUUUAUUGAUAAUUUAAGAUACUCAAAUAGCAAUUUUCUGCAAAUGCAUCUUGAAUGAAAAGUGUAACCACUAAAUGAUAUUCUGCUUUAUUUUGGUUCAUUUAGAAGUUGAGCAGAACUACACAUUAGAUCAUUAUAAUUGCACACAUUGAUGAGCCCAAUAAUUUCAACUGCAAUUAAUAUAUAGAUUUUUAUUUUUAAAAAUCGCUGACUAGGCUUGAAAAAAAUAUUUUAUUAAACACUUGUUUUCUGUCAUGGGAGACAUUUUUUUUCGAACUUCUACCACCAACAAACCAGCCAGCAGCUUCCAUAACAUAAGCAAGUAACCAGCUAAACCUCAACACCGUGUAUUUUUUCCCAGAUAAUCUUAGUUAAAAAA